AUGGCUGGGAGCCGGCCUUUGUCCUUGUGGACUCUGUUGAACUCGGUGCUUCUGCUGUUAGGGUGCCUCGUCAUCCCCGGAGUCUCCGUGAAACACGAAAAUUUCAAGAAAUGUUCCCAGUCCGGCUUCUGUAAACGAAACCGGGCGUUCGCGGACGAUGCCUCUGCCAAGGGGUCGUCAUGGACCUCCCCAUACGAACUCGAUGCGGCCUCGAUUCACUUCAAGGACGGCCAAUUGCAGGGAACGAUCCUCAAAUCCAUCUCACCGGACCAAAAGGUCCGACUGCCUCUCGUGGUCUCAUUUCUAGACUCGGGCGCCGCCCGAGUCGUCGUCGAUGAAGAAAAACGUUUGAAGGGGGAGAUUGAGUUCCGCCACGAUAGUCGAGCGCGAAAGCAGCGGUAUGAUGAGGCAGAGAAAUGGGUCUUGGUCGGAGGUCUCGAAUUGAGCAAGUCCGCCACUCUGAGCCCAGAAACCGAGGUCGGUAUGACCAAGGUCUUGUACGGCCCGGACAAUGCGUUCCAGGCCAUCAUCCAUCAUGCGCCGUUUAAUGUAGACUUCCAACGGGACGGACAGACCCAGGUCCAACUGAACCGCAAGGGAUACCUAAACCUGGAGCAUUGGCGACCGAAAGCAGAUGCCCCUGCCGGUGAUGAACAGAAAUCCCAGGAAGAUGAAAGCACUUGGUGGGAGGAGACCUUUGGUGGCAACACCGAUUCCAAGCCCAAGGGACCUGAGAGUGUCGGCCUCGACAUCUCGUUCCCCGGAUAUAGCCAUGUGUUUGGAAUCCCCGAACACGCCGAUUCGCUCUCAUUACGGGAAACCAGAGGUGGCUCUGGGAACCACGAGGAACCAUACCGGAUGUACAACUCCGAUGUUUUUGAAUACGAGCUGAACAGCCCCAUGACCUUGUAUGGCGCCAUCCCCUUCAUGCAAGCGCACCGAAAGGACUCGACCGUGGGUGUUUUCUGGCUCAACGCCGCCGAGACUUGGGUGGACAUUGUCAAGUCCAUCCCCUCGGUCAACCCUCUUUCUUUGGGCACCGGAUCUAAGACCGAUACACAGAGCCACUGGUUCUCCGAAUCGGGGAGAAUCGACCUGUUUGUUUUCCUAGGACCCACGCCGCAGGAUAUCACCAAGACCUACGGGGAACUGACGGGCUAUACCCAACUGCCCCAGCAAUUCGCGAUCGCGUACCAUCAAUGCCGCUGGAACUAUGUCACCGAUGAAGACGUCAUGGAGGUCGACCGCAACUUUGACAAGUACCAGAUCCCGUAUGAUGUCAUUUGGCUGGAUAUCGAAUACACCGACGACCGCAAGUACUUCACCUGGGACCCGCUCACCUUCCCGAACCCGAUCGGCAUGGAGCAGCAGCUGGAUGACUCCGAACGCAAGCUCGUGGUCAUCAUUGAUCCUCAUAUUAAGAACAAGGACCAGUAUACGAUUUCAGAGGAGAUGAAGAGUAAGAACCUCGCCGUCCUGAACAAGGAUGGUGAGAUCUACGACGGCUGGUGUUGGCCCGGUUCAUCUCACUGGGUCGAUUGCUUCAACCCCGAGGCCCUCAAAUGGUGGAAGGGCCUGUUCAAAUACGACAAGUUCAAAGGCACCUUGCCCAAUGUGUUCAUCUGGAACGACAUGAACGAACCGUCGGUGUUCAACGGGCCUGAGACCACCAUGCCCAAGGACAACCUGCACCAUGGGGACUGGGAACACCGUGAUGUCCAUAAUGUCAACGGCAUCACGUUUGUGAAUGCCACCUACGGUGCGCUGCUGGAGCGCAAGAAAGGGGAAGUCCGUCGACCGUUUAUACUCACGCGCUCGUACUACGCGGGCGCUCAGCGCAUGUCUGCCAUGUGGACGGGAGAUAACCAGGCCACUUGGGAGCAUCUGGCCAUCUCCCUCCCCAUGGUUCUGAACAAUGGCAUCUCUGGGUUCCCCUUUGCCGGUGCCGACGUUGGCGGGUUCUUUCAGAACCCCAGCAAGGAGCUCCUCACGCGGUGGUAUCAAACGGGUAUCUGGUAUCCAUUCUUCCGCGCCCAUGCGCACAUAGACACUCGCCGACGCGAGCCGUAUUUGAUCGCGGAACCCUACCGGUCCAUCAUCGCCCAGGCCAUCCGUUUGAGAUACAACCUUCUCCCGGCCUGGUACACCGCCUUCCACGAAGCAUCGGUGAACGGAACACCCAUCGUGAGACCCCAGUACUACGUCCACCCGUCGGAUGAGGCGGGCUUUGCCAUCGACGACCAGCUCUAUUUCGGCUCCACCGGUCUUCUCACGAAGCCUGUCGUUUCGGAGGGGACGCAGUCGGUGGACGUCUACAUCGCGGACGACGAGAAAUACUACGACUACUACGAUUACACCGUCUACCAGGGGGCUGGCAAGCGACACACAGUGCCAGCUCCCAUCGAGAAGGUGCCCUUGUUGAUGCAAGGUGGUCACAUCAUUCCCCGCAAGGAUCGACCUCGCCGCAGCAGUGGGCUGAUGCGAUGGGAUCCGUACACCCUGGUUGUUGUCUUGGACAAGAAUGGGGAGGCAGAUGGAACUCUAUACGUGGAUGACGGAGAGACCUUCGAAUUCGAGCGCGGGGCCUACAUCCAUCGCCGCUUCCGGUUCCAGGACUCCACGCUGUCCUCUGAAGAUCUGGGGACCAAAGGAGCUAAGACGGCUGAGUACCUGAAGACCAUGUCGGAUGUUCGGGUGGAAAGAGUGGUGGUGAUCGAUCCCCCGCGGGAGUGGCAGGAAAAGACCAGCGCAACCGUCAUCGAGGAGGGUACUAAAGCGGCGUUCACUGCAUCGGUAGAAUAUCACACGCAGAGCACUGGAAAGGCUGCGUACGCUGUGGUGAAGAAGCCCAACGUGGGCAUCGGUAAGACGUGGCGAAUUGAAUUCUAA